GCAAAAGCUGGAAGCUGUUGUGUGAGGACAAGCACGCAUGCACGAGAUCUCUUCCAAGUGCGAGCGGACGAACUCACGUAUGAUGGUUACGUACUGGCUAAUUGUGCUGAAUGUCGUAUUUUUCGCCACUGCGGGAUCUGACUGGUAUGACGAAAAUGCCGAGUGGUGUGGCAGAGUCCUGGUACAUUUCUUGAGCCAAGCGCCUACGAUGUUGAACUGCUCAGUGUGGGACUACACGGAGUCUAUGAACAGCAACUCACUCACUUUGAAGUACGGAAGCGUGAUCGGCUUCUACGACAUCAUGUUACUCAAAGCAAACAUGAAGAAGCAACGAACAGUUACGGAACUAAUGGUUCAUCUUGAAGUACCUCUGCUGGCAUUGAGGAGCUACGACCUUUUCGAGAGCUCAGACGGCGACAGAAUGUGGCUGCAUCUGAUUGUGGCGGCAAAAAACGUGCGCUUUGGAUUAGGGCUACAUUACACAGCCAGAGACACGCAUGUUUACGCCAGCCACUACUUGGAUAUGGACAUUGGUACCGUGACCAUAGAGGAGAAGGAUGUUGACGCGUACGUGUUUCCUAUCGCUCAACUGGCCAGAGACACUUUCCACGAGGUGCUCACAGGCACCAUUCCUCAGGCUUUAAUUGAAACGUGUAACGACCCGGCCUUACGGGAUGUCUUCGAUCGAGCGGGUUGCUUAUGAGCAAUUAAAUCGCGAGAGAAUGAAUACAGCAGAAUCGUACUGUCGAAGAACAGCUGGUGGAAAAUCUUGAGUUUCCGUUCAAUUAAAUAAUUUACUUAAAUUCGAUUCAAAUAAUCUGCUACGAUCUUUAUUAAAAUGUGUUGAAUGCUGAAUCUCAACAUAAGAAGAAAU